UUACUCACAGUACACACACAUCCAUAUCAAUUAAGACGCUGCAUAUAAAUAGCCACCACUACACCUCCAUUCACUCACCACCAGAACAGAGCAAACCCCAACUUAGACAUACUCUUCUCUCCUCACACCCAUUUUCUCAUCUAGAUCAAAAAAAAACAAAAUGGCAUCUUUCAUUCCUAAACUCCUCCUACUAAUCUCUCUCUUCCAAUUAUCACUCGCCACCAGAAGACUCACCGAGUUAUUCAUACCACCCACUACACUCAUGCAAUACCACGACGGCCCUCUUCUCGUCGGGCAUAUCAAAAUCAAUCUCAUUUUCUACGGCAAAUUCACUCCUGCCCAGCGAGCCAUUGUUUCCGAUUUCGUCGCCUCGCUCUCUUCUCCCCCAGCUCAAAACGAGCCGUCGGUCGCCACCUGGUGGAAAACCACCGAUAAAUAUUACGAGAAAGCGAAAUCGAAGAAAUCCACCCUCUCUUUGGGCAGUCAAAUACUCGACGAGGACUACUCGUUGGGAAAAUCCCUCAACCAGAAACACAUCAAGCAGUUGGCGUCGAAGGGUGAUCAGAUGUACGCCAUCAACGUGGUUUUGACCGCCGCUGACGUACUUGUCGAAGGGUUUUGUAUGACUUGUGGCACCCAUGGGUCUUCGAAGAGUAGCGCCCCGAUAAACGGCAAGCACCAUAAGUACGCCUACAUUUGGGUCGGUAACUCGGAGACUCAGUGCCCGGGUCAAUGCGCUUGGCCGUUUCACCAGCCUAUUUAUGGACCACAGAACCCACCUUUGGUCGCGCCCAACCAAGACGUGGGUAUAGAUGGGAUGGUGAUCAACCUGGCUAGCCUAUUGGCCGGGACCGCCACGAACCCAUUUGGAAAAGGCUUCUACCAAGGGGAGGCUGGUGCUCCGAUGGAGGCCGCGUCGGCUUGUCCUGGGGUUUACGGCACGGGAGCAUACCCUGGCUUCCCGGGAAAUCUCUUGGUGGACGCUUCAACCGGUGCUAGCUACAAUUGCCAUGGUUCUAAUGGGAGAAAAUACUUGGUUCCGGCUAUAUUUGAUCCAACGACGUCAUCGUGUUCCACUUUAGUCUGAAUAAGAUGUUAAAAAAAAGUUUAUACGGACGAUAAAGCUACAGGGAAAAAAAUGUACUAACUCAUUCUUUAAUUUAUUGUGUAUAGUGUUACCAAAUCAUUUGAAUUAACGGUUGCACUAUUUAUGUGGUUCUAUAAAAAUUUUGCUCAAUAGCCAAUCUAUUUCAUUGUCCCGA